UUUGUUUUGUGUUUCUGAUAAAUUUUGGCUAAAUUUGACAUUUCCUUUUGGACGUAAAAUUGGCGGCAACAGCUGUAAAUAAAAGAUUGGAAAAAGGAAAAAUUGGCAAGGAAGAAAGUCUGAAAAAACAGUUAAUUAUUUUGCGAAAGUUUUUCCGAAUCGUCCGCUCUAGUUUCGUUACAUUUAUGUACAUAUUUGUUUGUUGAGUGCUGAUUAUUUAGUUUAGGUAAUUUCGUAAGCAAACGAGAUGCUCAAUUUAAAUUGUGUUAUUUGUGCUGAGCUCUUCGUCGCCUCCGAUGAUGUGCGUGCCACCAAUUGUGGUCAUAUGUUUCACCACACUUGUCUCAAACAAUGGAUGGAGCGUUCAAAGUCCUGCCCUCAGUGCCGUAACAAGUGUACGGACCGAAAUGUAUUCCGCAUUUACUUCAAUUUGGCGAAUCUGGAUGCCAGUACAAUAGACGUAGGCUCCCUGCAGGAACAAGUAGAUAACACAAAUUUGCAGUUGAAAAUGAAAGAACAGGAGCUUAACAAAGCGGAAAGGCAGAUUAAGGAGCUUAAAGACCGGCAAAUAAUGGCAGCAAAAACAAUUCAAGCGAUGGAGGCUAGAAUCCAGAAAAAUGAUUUCGCGAUUCUUACGUAUUCAGAGCAACUGAAAAUCCUCAAGACUGAAGCAAAAAUGGCCGAUGACUACCGUAAGGAGGUGGAGCGGCUAAAACAACAAAUAAAAACAAUCGAGUCUGUACAGUCCAUACUCGCAGCUACAAAUGUUGAAGCUGAAAAAAUGCUCAAACUUGAAAAGGACCCCUUACGUUUGAGCACUUGGGUGGCGGCACUUAAGCGUGAGCUACGUACCUGUGAAACCAAGAAAACGGAUCUUAGGAGAGCAAUGAAAGUUAUGCAGGACAACUUGCGUCAAGAAAUGGCCACGAAAAGAUCUUGUGAGGAACGCAUUUCACUAUUAGAAAGUGAAAAUUAUCAGCUACAAGAGAGAAUUAAAAAGCAGGAGACAAAAGCGUCGCCAAGCUUUAUGACUGAUCAUCGACGUCGGAGCACUGAAUCAGCGCCGAUUGCCUUACCCGAAAAACGCCAAACUUUGUCGCCGACAAUUAAGGAAAAUAUUAAAGUUAUUGAAGACUCCAACUCGCCAUAUCUCAAUAUUAAAUCAAGCAGCAUAGGUCUUCUGCCAUUAUUUAAGCGUAAUCAAGAAAUUCAGCAAGAUCGUACAGCAAUUACUACAACAAAAUUAGCCACAUUGAAAAUAUCGCCGAAAAAGACUGAGAAAGGAAUUUCCGCUAAUGGCAUAAGCAGUAGUUCUGGAAUGCUGCGUAAAACUCAAAGUGAUAUCACAGAAAAGUAUUCCAUUAUGAAAAAACCUCGCUUGGCUAUAAGCACUUCCUCAGCAACUGGCAAACACUUUGGCAUGAACUUUGAGCUGAGUGCUACGCGUACAGGAUCUCCCACAAAACCCAAACCAAUUGGGAGCACUUUGGACAGCCGACUAAGAGCUGGUGGACUGCGCAAUUUUAAGUUAAACAAAUGAUGUCUGCUGGCCGACUUGCAUUUGCAAUUAAUUUAUAGCCAGCAUGUAUUUAAAUUAAUGUAAAUUAGAUAUUUAUGAGAUUUUUUUAUUAUUGUGUGCUAUUAAGUUUAAUUAUUUUGUAGUCUUAAACAAGUUUUUUUUUACUUUUGCAAUUGUAUGGGCGCAUUUUGAUACUCGCACGACAUGCAUUUCUAGCCCAUAAUCCAAGAGGAUUUAGCCAACCAAGAGCUAUUGAUUCAGCUAUUUAGCCCUGUUAAAGUGAAAUGAGACGUGGAAUGGCUGAAAUGUACAGAAAACUUUUGUUGGAAAAAUUACAUGUAUAAUGAGAUAUUAACUGUGGGCAACGCAUGCAUCCAACAAAAAAGAUGGCAUUUGUUAUAAAAGGCUAUGUUUAUUAAGGUUAAUUGAUUCGCGUUUUUUUUUUUUGCUUUUCGUAUGAAUGUAGAAAAUUUUUCAAAUAAAUAGAUGUUAUAAUCAGA